CAAACCAACAAAUUCUUAUUACUGAUAGCAUCACUACACCAACAAACUCUUGAGUUUUCAAAAUAAGUGACCCCCAUAAUGAAUAAAGCAUGGUUACCAAAAUAUAAAAAGAGAAGAAAACCUAGCAUAUAGCUUCAUAUUAAUUUAUCAUGGCUUCUACAGAAAAUUACCAGCCUUUGAUCACUGCUGUUGAGGAUGAAGAGUGGUCAAACCCUAAUGUGGUUAUGAGAGAUUUAUCUUCGGAGAGGGUGGAAGAGAUUCUUGGAAGAAGAAUUUCAGUAGUUGGGUGGUUGAAGCUUAUAGCAUGGGAGUCAAGGCUACUUUGGUAUCUAUCUGGAGCAUCUAUCGUUGUAUCUGCAUUUUGUUUCAUGUUUUCCACUGUCACUCUUAUGUUUACUGGCCAUUUGGGUUCUUUACCUCUUGCUGGUGCUUCCAUUGCUUGUAUUGGUAUUCAAGGUUUAGCCUUUGGAAUUAUGAUAGGUAUGGCUAGUGCUGUACAAACGUAUUGUGGGCAAACAUAUGGAGCAAAGAGAUACAAUGCAAUGGGUAUUAUAUUUCAAAAAGCCCUAAUAUUGCACUUGGGAGCAGCAAUGAUCCUUUCAUUUCUCUAUUGGUAUUGUGGUCCAAUUCUCAAAGCUAUGGGUCAGGCUGAAGAAAUAGCACAAGAAGGUCAAAUAUUUGCUCAUGGAUUAAUUCCUCAACUAUAUGCACUUGCAUUGAGUUACCCUAUGCAAAGAUUCCUCCAAGCUCAAAACAUAGUUAACCCUCUUGCAUACAUGGUGUUUGGAGUGUUUUGCUUGCACAUAUUACUCAAUUGGGUUGUGAUUUAUGUUUUGGGCUAUGGAGUUUUUGAAGCUGCUUUGACUCUCAGUUUUUCUUGGUGGGUUUUUGCAUUAAUGAAUGGAUUUUAUAUUCUUCUAAGUCCAUCUUGUAAGGAAAGUUGGACAGGUUUCUCUAGGAGAGCUUUCAUAGGGAUAUGGCCUUAUUUCAAGAUCACUAUUGCUUCUGCUGUUAUGUUGUGUUUGGAGAUAUGGUGUAGCCGAGCAAUGAUCCUUUUAUCAGGACUUCUACCUGCAGAUCCUACCAUUUCUCUAGAUUCUAUUUCUAUAUGCAUGAACUAUUGGAUUUGGGACAUGAGCUUUAUGUUGGGCCUAUGUUCAGCCACCAGUGUUAGAGUAAGUAAUGAAUUGGGAGCAGCACAUCCAAGACUAGCAAGAUUUUCAGUAAUAGUUGUGAAUGGGACUAGCCUUCUCAUCAGCAUAGUAUUCUCUGCACUUAUUCUAAUAUUUCGAGUUUCAUUAAGCAAACUCUUCACAAAUGAUUCUACACUCAUUGAGGCUGUAUCCCAUUUGAUCCCAUUGCUUGCCAUAUCUGUUCUCUUAAAUGGAAUUCAACCUAUACUCUCAGGUGUGGCUAUUGGAAGUGGAUGGCAGGAUUUGGUAGCUUAUGUUAACUUGGCUGCUUAUUAUCUUGUUGGUCUCCCCAUUGGUUGUGUCCUAGGUUUUAAAACAAGUUUGGGUGUAGCAGGCAUGUGGUGGGGCAUGAUUGUUGGCAUUUUACUUCAAACAUUGAUUCUUAUCAUUCUUACAGUAAGAACAGAUUGGGACAAAGAGGUUGAAAAAGCUAUUGCUCGUGUAAACUCUGAAGCUGGAAAACUAGACUUAGUUGACAAUAUCUAAAUUAAGAGGCAACUUGUAAAUGGAGACAUUACCAUUUUUUAUGUAGGCAGUGAAUUAUGGGCUGUUCUUGUUUAAUUUCCUCAACGUCAGUUAUUAUCUUCACUUAUAUCUUAAUUAGUAUAUUUCACUUAUA